AUGCAAGAAGAAAUAAAAAAGAAGACAGAAAUGCUCACCAGAGAGGCACACAAGGUGCACUAUGCGAUCGAGCAGCACAACAUACAUCUCGACAGCCUCGAGCAGCAGACAGAAAAGGUUGAGCAGAAAAGCAAGAUUCUCUCAGGAAAGCUUCUUCGGACAAUGAAGGAGAUUCGCAAAGACGGCCGAAACACAAUUAUCAUUGCGCUGACUAUUACUCUCAUAAUGCUUAUUCUCUACCUAAUAUGA